GGCUCGCUUAAGAGAAGAACACAUCUCAUGAGGAACAUGGGCUCUCUGCAAUGGCUCGGAGCAGGUGUGGCCUUCUGGAGCUCAUCCAGAAAUGUGUUCUUUCUCACAGUUCUGCUUGCCUGCCUAGUCAGCAUCACUCCUUUCCAAAUUGGUCCUGUAAUGCCAGGCUUGAGUUCGGCCUUCUCCGCAACACGCAGCAGUAGUGUGGUGGGCGGCUCUCAGCGAGCUGUGACCUUUGACCGCCUCCUCGUCAACGUGGGCAAUGAUUUCAAUCCAGACACUGGCCGCUUCCGCUGCCGAGUCCCAGGUGCAUACUACUUCACUUUUACGGUGGGCAAGUACCCCAAGAAGCUGCUGUCAGUCAUGCUGGUGAAGAAUGGGCAGGAGGUGCAAGCCAUGGCUUACAAUGAGUUCAGAAAACAAGGCCGAAAGGUGCAAAGCCAGAGUGCAAUGAUUGGCCUAAAACCUAUGGAUACAGUGUGGCUGCUUGUGCAAGAAAGCCCAGAUUACGCCCUUUACAGCAAUGCUGGGCCUUACAUCACUUUCACUGGCUAUUUGGUUUACCCAGAAUCCACGUCCUCUAUGGGCUACCUAAACAACCACUUGAUCCCACCAGGAAUUCAGCCAGACUGCCCUCCCCCUGAGGACCCCAGCUACAGUGAGAGAAGAAGAGAAUCCACUGAGAAAGGUAGGUCUGCAUUUUCAGUAGCCAGGACAUUCUCCAUUCUGGGAGAAAGCAGGAGGCACCACAACAGAGAAGCACUAACUUUUGACGUGGAGUACGUCAACAUCGGUGGCCAUUUCAACAAGUCCUCAGGCCAUUUCACAUGCUACAUCCCAGGGGUGUACUUCUUCGCCUUCACAGUGGGGAAGCACCCCAGGAGGGCAGUGUCAGUGAAGCUGAUGACAGGCAGGGGCGAGGUGCAGGCCAUGGUGUUUAAUGAGGACAUGUCACGCAAAAGAGAGAUGCAGAGCCAGAGUCUGCUGCUGCCUCUGAAGGCAGGAGAUGUUGUCUGGCUUUACAGCCAGCAAGAUGAACGUUACGCUGUCUACAGCAACCAGGGACGAUACACAACCUUCACUGGAUUCCUUGUGUACCCUGAGCUCAAUUUCAUGAGCCCAGACAGAACUUUUCACUGAAGCCUAAAGAUUCAUGUAGGCCUAACCUCAUAGGCCUACUUUAAAGCAAUAACACACUGCAACUGUAUAGCCUUUUAAUAUUACAGACUAACAUCAACUAUCUUUAUAUUUACUGAAUAUCAUUAGUAAUCA